UGUAUCUAGCAGUGUGCGCGCUCCUCUACGACGCCAUAAUUUUUACUCUUAAGAUAAAAUUGUCUGAGGGCAAAUAGAUUCAAGUGUUCGAUUUGUAAACAUGAAUCUCAAGUACUGGGUUGUUUUAGCAUUACUUUUUGCUCUAACUGACAAAGUGAAAUUAGAUCAUUUGUCAGAUGAAGAAAGUACAGGACUUGCAACUGGAGAUUUUAUAGGUAUUAUUAUGGGAUGCGUGGUUGGAUUAAUUAUUUGCUGUUCGUGCAUAUGUUAUUUCUGCUGUAAUUGCUGUCGAUCACGUAAACCUGUAAUUGCGCAACGAAGUACCACCACCGUUCCUUCCGGACUCACUAUUAUCACUAUUCCAGCCGGAGGAAAUAGCGGAUUUUCGAAUAUCUCAUCGUGUCCACCUCCUUAUAUGCAUUUAAAAUAAAUUAAAACUACACUACAAUUAUAAAUAACAUAUUUAAAAUAUUUUAGUUAUAAUAUUUCGGAAUAAUCUUACUGGUAAAUAGAGCUGCAUUAUAGUUUUUUUUUUCCUAGAUUAAAAAAAU